AUGAUUGAGUCCGAGCGGCUAAAAUUCAUCAGAAACAACCAACCAAAACUGCGCGUGGACAAGUAUAGUACACUGCAUAAAUCAUUGGUGAGGGGGGAAGCUAAUGCAAUUGCCACCGGUCAAAGAAUUAUUUUACCAAGUAGCUUCACAGGUGGUCUAAGAUACAUGUUUAACAACUACAAGGAUGCAUUUGCCAUUUGCAAAUAUGCGGGGUAUCCAAGUUACUUUAUAACCAUUACGUGCAAUCCGGAAUGGAAUGAGGUUAAGCGAUUGCUAAAGGACACUGGUUUCAAACCAGAAGAUAGGCCUGACAUCAUUUCAAGGAGGUCUGCAUAG